ACCGCCGUCACUGCCGUCAGGGUCAGCGUUUGCGUUAACCUCAAUGGAUGCGCCAGUAUAUUAUUCUAAGGCUGAAUUCAUCGAAACUGACACAGGAAACAAAGUCUCUCGAAGAGCCACCAUAGCUGGACCUCAGAACAUCAUUCUCGGAGGAAAGACUAUUAUUUCCAGCGGCGCAAUCAUCCGGGGAGAUCUUCGCAGAACAGGUCCUGGUCAUGCCGUCGUCAUCUCUCUUGGAAGGUACUGCCUUGUUGGCGAGGGUUGCGUGAUGAGGCCACCAUACAAAACGUAUCGCGGAAAUUUCAAUUACUAUCCAAUGAAGAUCGGGGACUAUGUUCACAUUGGUGCCAACACCGUCGUGGAAGCCGCGACGAUUGGGAACCAUGUUGUCAUUGGGAAGAAUUGUGUUAUUGGCAAGUUUACAAUCAUCAAAGAUUGUGCUCAAGUCGCAGACAACACCGUUAUCCCUCCCAACACUGUUAUUCCAGCGCUGGCGCUAUUUGCUGGCUCACCAGGCCGAUUUGUCGAAGAUCUACCAGAGUCGACACAAGAGAUGGUCGAAUCCCAGACAAAACAGUACUACAGUCGUUUCCAGCCUUUAGACCGAUGAUUGGGCGCCUAACCUUUGCCCACUUGUCAUCACUUGUACUAUCAGAUCAUCAUACUUAUCGUACGUCACCUCUAGGCAGAAUAUACAAUAACAUGGAUACCUCAGCCACUUGUUCGUUUCCU